AUGGAUCUUCAGUGCGUUCUUCUUUCACCAAGACUUCAGGCCAGCGCUCUUUAUUAUAAGACCAAGCUUGCAUGCCAUAAUUUCACACUCUAUGACUUAGCAACGAAAGAUGUUACUUGCUACUUUUGGCACGAAGGUGAGGGUGAUCUGACUGGAAAUUCGUUUGCUUCUUGUAUUGUCCACUUUAUUGAAGACAUGCUAGCUCAAUCUGAUAAAGAGAUUAAAACAGUUGUACUUUACAGCGAUGGUUGCACAUACCAGAACCGGAACACGGUGUUAGCAAACGCAUUGUCCAAAUUAGCAAAAGAAAGGGGUUUAACUAUCUUACAAAAAUAUUUGGAGAAAGGACAUACCCAAAUGGAGGUAGACAGCGUACACAGCACCAUUGAAAGCAAACUGAAGAGAAAGCCAAUUUAUGUGCCACAGAAUUACGUAGAUAUAAUCAAAUCUGUCCGUCCGUCUCAACCUUACCAUGUUCACUACGUCGAUCACACAUUUUUCAAGAACUUUUCGCACAUAAACUUGUAUUCAAGUAUCAGGCCAGGUACUAAAGUAGGUGAUCCUGUUGUGACUGACAUUCGUGUUUUGGAAUAUUCUCCCCAUUGUGGUAUUAGGUAUAAGCUGAUGUAUGAUCAGGAGUUUUGUGACUUUCCUAGAAAGGCCAAACUUAAUGAACAAGCUACACCUGAAAUGACAGUUGCACCACUUCACGCUACACAAUGUAAGGUGAAAGAAUCAAAGUACAAACACCUUCAAGAACUAAAAAAUGUGAUUCCACGGGAUUUUCAUCCGUUUUAUGACCUUUACAGUGCGACAAAAAUUAUCGAGCCCGGGCAGGAAUAUCGAGACACGUUCACAGUUGACACCAGUAUCCAUGGCGAUUUGUCUUUCACCGCUACGUACAAACGAACAAUUCCAAUCCUGAAAGUGACGUCACCAAGUCAAAAACAGUACAACGAACUUUCAUCGGCAACAGAAAUUAAUCACGAUCUCAUGAUGAUAAGAUUGAAAUUCCAACAUAAUGACGCGGAGGUAGGUAAAUGGAAGUUCAGCUUGAGGGGUAGACGAAGUCAGUCAACUGUCACCGUGGUGGUAUUUUCAAACUCUACGGCGAGGGACGGAAACGUACCUAUUACCUUGAAAGCUCGUUUGGUGCUGAAUAACAACUCUGUACCACCGAAAAUGGCGGCGUAUGCUGACGUCACAAAAGGGCAUCAUCCUGUCAUAGGAUUAAAUGUCAUCGCCACUGUUUACCGGCCAGGUGAUGAAGAUGGAGGACACACGCCACCGCACAAAAUGGCAUUGUUUGAUAGAGGGUCAGGCGCUGAUAUACUUAAAGACGAUGGAAUAUAUUCUCGCUAUUUCCCACACUUGACCGGACGUGGUCACUACCUGCUGACAGUGGACAUUUUAGAUAGUGACGGUUCCGUCGUCACUCAAUGGACAGACGGCACGUACGAAGAAGACAGAAUCAAUACAAACAACAUCAGUAGGUCAGCUCACGGCGGCUCAGUGUACCUACACACUAACCUUGCACAGGAUCCAACAUGGAAGACAUCUGCCUCUGACGGAGUUGACGUAUAUCCCCCGUCACGAAUAAUUGAUCUCCACGUUGUCCGGAAGUCAGACGUAAAUAUGACGGUGACGUUGUCGUGCACUGCACCAGGGGGUGACUUGGACCAUGGAAAAGCUGCUAAGUAUGAUAUCAGAUACGAACAAAGUGGUUUGGAUCUCUUGAAAUUGAAGGCUAAUGCACCAAGCGUCCCGGACGUUGCCAUUUUAACCGGAAAUACAACGAAUCCGCUGCCUGCUGGGAACACUGAAUAUUUUACCAUUAACGUCACCGACCUGUUUCUAACAAAAAAUAAAGGGUUUGCUUUUCUCAUUCGAGGUAUAGACGAGUUUGGAAACAAAGGCGAUUUCUCAAAUAUGGUUACUGUAGGGUUCAAUUCAUUACCGGAAACAAUUGAGGAUAGUCAUGUGACCAGUCCUUACACUGAGCUGGACAUGUCAGAAACUGCAUUGCACGAAGACGACUCUCCACAUUCUAAGGCUGUGCUCCAGCCCCUACUCUUCCUGAAUGCGGUCCUUUUGUCCUGCUUCAUUCUGAUUGGUGUAGGAUUUGUGUCGGUGUUUUAUCAACAUCGCUUCGUCAAACCGGAAGUUCUUCUCUCCUAG